UGGUUUCCAGCCGUGUUGUUGUCAGCGGAAGCGGCAGAGAAGCUAACACAGGGAAGCUGCAGUUUAUCGGCCAAAGAUCAGUGUGUCGGUGAAGAGCCGUUGUUCCAAUCAUAUGUGUGAUGAUAAAACAGUUGUAUGGAGCAGGUCUGAGGCGAUUAUAGAUGCGAUUUAAAAGAUAGAAUCUGACUGUAUCACAAUUCCCAGUCGGGAACUCUGGGAAGAAGAAGGAGUCAGUGUCGCGAGAGUAAUGUCGGCCAAAAUAAACGCAAGUAAGAGCAAAGACUGCGGCGAAGUUAUCAAAAACUACCACAAGCAGGCGUUUGAAAACAUAUCGAAGGCUCUACGGAUCGACGAGGAUGAUACAGGUGAAAAGGAGGAAGCGGUGCAGUGGUACAAGAAAGGUAUUGCCGAGCUAGAAAAGGGGAUCGCUGUGGAGAUCACGCUACAAGCAGGGGAUCAGUAUGACCGAGCAAAGAGACUACAAGACAAAAUGGUCAACAAUCUGACCAUGGCAAACGACAGGCUCGCUCUGUUAGAGGCAACGCUGGCGUCUAAAUGGAGAUAUGAACCCAAGAAGCCCUCGAAUCAUGUGCUUCAACAGCCAAAGCCUGUUCCUAAAAGCCAGCCUGGAGUGUCCACUAACACCAGGCCCUCCACUGCUGUCAGACCCCCGGCUAGAUCCACUGACACAAAGGGAAGUAGCCAUUUUAAUAACAGUGCUCGGCUCUCAACGGGCAAAUUUCACACUAAACAAGUUCCCCCAACACUAUCGUGCAGGUGCACCAUUGGCUCGGCACCGCCCAAGGUGACCCCACGGCCGGGAAGAGCUCAAAAUGGAAAACCCACAGCCGGGAAACAGCCACCAAAGAGGGAUUUGAAAAACUUUAAGAACGUGGACAGCAAACUGGCCAGCUUGAUUCUAAAUGAAAUUGUUGACAGCGGAGCGUCUGUGUCCUUUGAAGACAUCGCGGGACAGGAUCUGGCCAAGCAAGCACUCCAAGAGAUCGUCAUCCUACCUGCCUUAAGACCAGAGCUCUUUACUGGCCUGAGAUCUCCGGCACGUGGUUUGCUUGUAUUUGGCCCACCUGGAAAUGGGAAAACCAUGUUGGCCAAAGCAGUCGCAGCUGAGUCAAAUGCCACAUUCUUCAACAUCAGCGCUGCCAGUUUGACCUCUAAAUAUGUGGGAGAAGGCGAGAAGCUUGUUCGGGCACUUUUUGCAGUUGCCAGAGAAUUACAGCCCUCCGUCAUCUUUAUUGAUGAAGUGGACAGCUUGCUUUGUGAACGGCGGGAGGGAGAACACGAUGCCUCUCGUCGAUUAAAAACCGAGUUCCUCAUUGAGUUUGAUGGGGUGCAGUCAGGAGGGGAUGAAAGGGUUCUUGUAAUGGGAGCAACCAACAGGCCUCAGGAGCUCGAUGAAGCCGUGCUACGGCGAUUUGCAAAGAGGAUCUAUGUGGCACUGCCAGAUGAACAGACAAGAUUCACGCUGCUGAAAAAUCUUUUGGGAAAGCAUGGGAAUCCUCUGAGCAAAAAUGAGCUGUCCUGUCUCUCAAAAAAAACUGCAGGAUACUCAGGCAGUGAUCUGACGUCAUUAGCCAAAGAUGCUGCUCUCGGGCCGAUUAGAGAGUUGGGACCAGACCAAGUCCGAUGUAUGGCUGCGAACGAGAUGCGAAACAUCAAGAUAAAAGACUUUGAAGAUUCCCUGAAGCGCAUCAAACCCAGUGUUAGCCCAACCACUCUUAAAAUGUAUAUUGAAUGGAACAAAGAUUUUGGUGACACAACAGCUUUUUGAACUUUAUAGUUCAUUGUCCCCUGUAAAAAAAAGAAAAAAAAAAUUGUAUUGGAUUUCAAUGUUUUACUCUGUUCACAAAACAUAGAUAAAAUUACAAAUUGUAUUGAAAAAAUCUUUCUAUGUACAAUGUAUAAAUAUUGACAUUUAGGACAUUUGGAAGCAAUAUGGGUAAAUUUCCUGUUUUAUGGAAAAGCUUUGCUAAUACGAUUCUUUUGAGUUUCUUUACUGUAUUAUAAUACUCCUCAAACACUGAAAUCCAAACUUGAAAUUGAAUUUAUUUAUUCUUAAGAAUGUCCUGCAAAAUUACAAAUGACCUUUCUCUCGCCUCAAGGGGGCAGCAACUUUCUGCAAAUCAUAACAUAACCACACCAAUUAAGAUCAUUUUCCAUUUUCCAUUAGUUACCUGAUGUAAUGACAUGUUGAUAGUAUUAAUCACCAAGUGCUCUGUGUACUUAUACACAUGGAAGAGUGACAAUGAUUGAUGCUUUUGUAUUAUAAGAGGGUUUUGGUUUUUUUUCAUUUGCACUUAUUGUUUGAAGUUAUGAAGUCUAAACUUGUAUUUGAAAGUAGGAAUGAAUUACUGUGUUUCCCAACACAAUAAUUCAAUUCAUAGAGGGUAUUAGAUUAAAUGUUAUGACCUCCCACUUUCCUAACACUUCAAUAAACACAUCCAUCAAA